CGUUUCUACCGGACUGGAGACUUAGCAAGAUUCGCGCCUGACGGAUGCUUGGAGUACAUUGGUCGCAAAGAUUCUCAGGUCAAGCUUCAUGGGCAGCGGGUGGAGCUGGGUGAGGUCGAGCAUCAUCUACGAAAACUAUCGUCAUACCGUUCCGCAGAAGUGGCAGUGGAAAUUAUUACAUCGGACCUAAACGGCCGGAGUAAUACAGUUCUAGGAGCUUUUGUUAGUAUGAAUAACAAUAUAUGUGUUGGGGCUUUACAAGAGUUCAGCACGGCCGCAACCGAACUGCUCUAUUCCGAACUGCCAGGCUACAUGGUCCCUACUGUAUUUCUACCCAUCUAUGAACUACCCCUAACGGUAAGCGGUAAGCUCAAUAGAAAGAAACUCCGAGAAAAAGGAACAGAAUUGUUGCAGAUUCAGCGACAGCAGGAAAAGGCACCAGCAAUCACCGAGGAGCCCUACUCAAGCUUGACUGAAGCGGAACAAACACUGAGAACCUUAUGGGGGGAUGUUUUGCAAAUGAGGCCUGAGACGAUUAGUGCAGAUGACCAUUUUUUGAGGUUGGGCGGGGAUUCAAUUGCCGCUAUGCGUCUUUCUAGCCUUGCUCUGGAGCAUGGCAUCUCCUUGCUCGUUUCAGAUAUUAUGAGCAACCCAGUGCUUCGUCAGAUGGCUGUUACGUUACAGGGCGUGACACACAAAAAACGGUAG